AUGGGUGGGCUGGCCGUGGCUUGUCGGUCUCCCCGCGCUCAUCAUGCAGGAACUCUGACGAUGUGUCGACCUGCAGCCUGUGCAGGUCCAAAACGGCAAUUCAGCGCCUAUGCACCGCUUUGCCGCCGCCUGGCACCAACAGACGCGCGGAUCAAGGACAUGGGAAGAGAGAUAGCCGAUGAAUACGCCCAGCUCAAAGACAGCUACCAAACCCCCAAACACCCCAUCGUGCUCGCCCACGGCUUGCUGGGAUUCGCCGAGCUCAAGCUGGCCGGAUCCUACCUGCCCAGCAUCAGCUAUUGGCGCGGCAUCAAGGACGCGCUUAGCGCCAACCGCGCUGAAGUCAUCACCGCCUCGGUGCCCCCAAGCGGCUCCAUCGAGAAGCGCGCCGCCAAGCUGGCCGAGGACAUCGAGGCGCAGGCCAGGGGCAAGAGCGUGAACAUCAUCGCCCACAGCAUGGGCGGCCUAGACGCCCGCUACAUGAUCUCGCAGCUCCAGCCUGCCAGCGUCGACGUCAAGUCCCUCACCACCGUCGGCACCCCGCACCACGGCAGCUCGUUCGCCGACUACCUCAUUGACGCCAUCGGCCCCAACUACCUGCCCCGCCUGUACGCAGCCUGGGAGCGGACGACGGGGUGGGAGCCGGGCGCCUUUGCCGAGCUGACGAGGCGGUACAUGAACGAGGAGUUCAACCCAACGACGCCCGACGACACGACGGUGCGCUACUUCUCGUACGGCGCCAUGGUCCGCUACCGGCCGCCGCUGCUGAGCCCGUUCCGUCUUUCUCAUCGUGUUAUCAAAGAGCGUGAGGGGCCAAACGACGGCCUGGUCAGCGUCGAGAGCAGCAAAUGGGGCACUUACAAGGGCACGCUCCUGGGAGUCAACCACCUUGACUUGAUCAACUGGAGCAACAGACUGCGGUUCACAGUGCAAAAGGUGAUGGGUCAUCCGCCGUCGUAA